AUGGACCAGCUCUCGUUGGUGGCAGAACAUUGUGCAGCUUUUGGCCACGCCUUCGCCUUCCAAGACGCCGAAGUCUUGGGCCAAGGGAGCGAUCAAACGGUCAGGGAGACGCUCGAAGCCUGGCACACCACAACUACCUCAAUCAACCGCUGCGUAACUUUACCGGCUGCCUACCAAGCCCUACGGGUGAAGUUCAAUAGGCAGGGCUACCGACGAGACGUCAGGCCGGAGACGACAGUAACCAAACCCAGACCAAGCGCGAACACGGACGGACAUAGACAGACGUCGGGAACAAACGAAACCAGGGGACAACCGGCGGCGAACGCGGGCAGACGAGAGCAGUCGGUGAGAACGCCCAACAGUGCCAGGCCCCCCCAGCCCGACGUCAACACUGGCAUGACAACCACCGUCAACACAGUUACGGGCAGGUUUGAACGGGACGGCGAGACGAGAACCCGCGACAGUGACAGGAAUCCCCAGCCCGACGCCAACACUUGCAUGACAACCACCGUCCACGCGGUUACGGGCAGGCGCGAACGGGGUAGGAAGGCGAGAUACGUGGAGGGCGGACAACGGACAAUGCAAACAAGAGCAAUGGCCGCGGUCACCCCGACGCCACCCCCCUCCCCACACCCGACAAAGGAGGAGGAGAAACCGAUGCCGCCAUGA